AUGUCUAUCUCCCCACACGAAGAUGAACUCGCGCAGGCUCUUAUCGAUCUCAAAGCCAGAGAUCCGCAGCUCGGAAUCUCCAAAAUUCACGCAUUGUUGCUCAAGAACUACCCUGACUGGAUAGUCAGUGAGAAACGCACCCGGAAGAUCCUCCAACUUCAUGGCCUGAUCGUGGCUCCGACACCACCUGGAGGAUACGAGCCACCCGUUUACCCUUCAUCGAGGAUUAUCGAGACCCUUAAUAUCCAACAGUGGUCGCAGAAGGUCCAGGUCAGAUAUUUCAACAAAAAGAAGGGCAAGGGACUUGUGGCGAGCACAGAUAUCGACGAGGGGGAGACGAUCUGGAGGGAGGAUCCAUUUAUUAUUGCACCAGAACCAGAAAUUUAUGAUAUGCAGAGAGCAUCUACUGCUUGCGGCUACUGCACGACACCAUUGCUUCCCGACUCACCACUCAUCAACCCGUGUCCUGCGUCCUCAUCGACCUCGUACUGUCCAUACCGCUUCUGCAACAGGCUUUGCCUGGCUCGAUCAGCAAAGCAUCAUCCAUUGACAUGGCCCGCACAAAAUCCUGCCGUCGAACCGCUCCUCAAGUUUGCCAGAGACCAUCAGUGGAUAGCAUUACACGCUCUAGCACAGACUACAAGCCGCGUACUGCUUGCCAAUCAGCUCGCUGACUCGGCUCUACACCAUGACUGGGAUGUUGUUAUGGGCCUCGCAGAACUGGGAAUGGAGGAACGGUUUAAAUAUAGCUUCAAGUCUGCUAGCGCUCCUGAACCGGAUAGGGCGACUUGGAAAAAAGCCUUUGCUCUGUAUGUUAAAGCGUUCAAAGAACCAGUUUCACCUCAAGAUCAAAAGAAACUGGCCAAACUUCUCAAGAAACCCCUUCCCGAAGAUGUGGACUACGAACUAUUCCAAUACGAGGGAUUCUUGCGUGGGUUAGGACGCAUGAACCUCAACCUGGAGUCUCACGGAGGACUCUACUCCGUGCAUGCCCAUCUCAAUCACUCUUGCGAUCCCAAUGUCUCCGUGCGGCACCUCGACCAGCGUACUGCAUUGUCUCGCAUCACAAUCCUCGCCAAGCGACCUAUCAAAACAGGCGAGGAGCUGUUCAUCACAUACGUGAAUCCCAAGCUGGGAUACAAAGCUCGCCAGGAUGAGCUGAGAGGAUGGGGCUUCGGCUCCUGCACCUGCUCGCGUUGCGUCGAAGAGGCCAGAAUGGUACGCCAGGCGCCUGCGACGAACGAUGAGCUUGAUGACCUUGCGGACGAGCUCAAGGCCGGCUUGGGCGUUAUCUAA